AUGAAGUUUCUGAUGGAUCAAGUUACAAGUGAAAAGAGAUACAAUAUGUUGAAAGAAGAUAUUUUUAUAAAUCAUUCUUUUAAUGAAAAACAUUUUUUUGAAUUAAAAAAGAAAAAAGAAGUUUCUUUUGAACGUAAAAAUAGUAAUGUAAUAGAACAGUCAACUAGUGUUAUUAUGGGUAUUAUGGUAGACAAUAUUAUCACUAACCUACAGGAGCUGAUAAUCAGUGUACAAGAUAAUGUCGCUCCCUGGCAAGAAAUACUUAAAAAAGAGGUGCCUAUUACAAAGGCAGAAUUUCAUCGUGGGUUGAAUAGUAUCAGAGAUAGUCAAACUUUAACAACAUAUUGUAAUGGAAUGAGAAAAGGAAGACGUGCACGUGGUGUCACUCAUGAUUACAUAAUUAAUCAGUGUGCAAUUAGAGCUCGCAAAAUAGAGCAAAGUUUGUGGUAUUAA